AUGAAGAUCUCUCUUCUCAGCACACCCUUGCUCUUCUCUCUCUCAACAGCCUUCAACCCCCCUCCACUCCCAUCUCUAGCACCAUGGGAAGUUACCAGCCUCUACGUGUGGACACCUCCAGGCCGGCCGGGCGAACACCCUCUCGCCCGGAUCUCUCUUUCCAUCAGCGAUCCCAACACUAUCAAGUUAGGGCAAACGCCGUGGGACAGUGCGGUCGGCUUCGGCCCGACCACAGCAACCUGCUCUGUCCGCUGGCUCUAUGUCAGUGCGAGCCGUGGCUUUUUCGAUCCUGUCCCCUGCGGAGAUGUCAACACGGCACUUUGGAGCGUGUCCUACCAUCCCAACACGACAUCUGCGUCGACAAAUUUUGGGCUGAGGUUUGCCCUGCAGGAGGCGGUAAUCCUGCGCAAUGGAGCAAUCGAGGAGCUCAAGUUUGAGGGUGAAGGGUGGUUCAAGGUUGGAUAUGGGAAUAGUACGGAGGAGAAUAUGAGCGGUUCGUGUGGUGGCAGCGGUCAGUGCGGUUGGGGGUUGAGAGCAGAUAGGACGCCGGUUAUCGUGGAACAGCAGUUGGUGAGUAGGGCAUGUUUGGUGGGAGAUUGCCAGGCUGCCUAUAAUGCAUAG